AUGGAGCCUGACUUCAGCGUGGUGGGACCAGGCCACUCUCUCCAGGUCACUGUGGGGCAGUAUGUCGUGCUGCCAUGUCACUUGUCCCCCAGCGUGGAGGCUCGAAGCUUGGACAUCAGGUGGAUCCGGCCCCGGUUCUCCAAAACGGUGCACCACUACCGAAAUGGAGAGGACCUGUACAGUGAACAGCUGAGGGAAUAUGUUGGGAGGACAGAGUUGGUCAGAGAUGGUCUCUCCCGUGGACGCCUGGACUUGCGAAUCUCUGCGUUGAGACCCUCUGAUGAUGGUCAGUACAUCUGCACUGUGACAGAUGGUGCCUCUUAUGGAGAAGCUACGCCAGCCACAGGCUCUGUCCCUCAGCUCUCCCUGGAGGCUUACGAGGACGGAGGCAUCCGGGUGGUGUGUCGAUCGGCCGGCUGGUACCCACAGCCAGAUGUGCUGUGGAAAGAUCCCGAUGGGCAGCAUCUCCCCUCGGCCUCCCAGAGACAUUCCUCGGAUACGAGGGGCCUAUUUAGCAUCGAAUAUGUCAUCGUUGUGACCGAUGGGAACAGACUUGGGAACUGGUCCUGCGUGGUGGCCAUCGUCCCCCAGGAGCCGGUGCUCUUCUCCAUGCCAACAUCACCUAUGGGCCGGAAAGCUGGAGCCCGGCGCAGGUCGGCAGCGAUGAAGACGCAGAUGUGGCUCGUCCUGAGUUAUUUGGUGACUCUCCACGUCCUGCGGCUGGGAUCAGCUGACUUCAGCGUGGUGGGACCAGACCACCCUCUCCAGGUCACCGUGGGGCGGUAUGUCGUGCUGCCAUGUCACUUGUCCCCCAGCAUGGAUGCUCGAAGCUUGGACAUCAGGUGGAUCUGGCACCAGGUCUAUGAAACGGUGCACCACUACCGAAAUGGAGAGGACCUGUACAGGGAGCAGAUGGAGGAAUAUGAUGGGAGAACAGAGUUGGUCAGAGAUGGUCUCUCCCGUGGACGCCUGGACUUGCGAAUCUCUGGGUUGAGACCCUCUGAUGAUGGUCAGUACAUCUGCACUGUGACAGAUGGUGCCUCUUAUGGAGAAGCUAUGGUGGAUGUGGAGGUGUCAGGAGACCUGGCACAUGGUCUGGAAGCGUUGGGGCUUCUUGAACAAAGACGGCCAGCCACAGGCUCUGUCCCUCAGCUCUCCCUGGAGGCUUACGAGGACGGAGGCAUGCGGGUGGUGUGUCGAUCGGCCGGCUGGUACCCACAGCCGGAGGUGCUGUGGAAAGAUCCCGAUGGGCAGCAUCUCCCCUCGGUCUCCCAGGGACAUUGCUCUGAUACGAGGGGCCUGUUUGGCAUCGAAGAUGUCAUUGUUGUGUCCAAUGGGAACAGACAUGGGAAGUGGUCCUGCGUGGUCAGGAACAGCCGCCUCAACCAGGAGCAGGAGACGUCGUUGCACAUCUCAGAGACAACAGUUGCAGGACUGAAUGGUGAGUCUCCAUGA